UUAAUGACACCCCUUGAAACCAGUGGGCGACCCCUCGAAAUUUUGCCACUAGCAAAUAAAAACAAUUGACAGAGUCCAAGAACCUCCGACGACUGACGCGAUUGUUUUGUUUUUUCAUUAAUAAAUAAAACCUAAAGCCACUCUCUUGCAAGAUUUGGGGCUUUGCCACCCAAAGAAACGGAGGGAUUUUGGUAAAAACAAAUUCAUUUUUGGAUGGACCCUCGAGUUUUUCUUUGGUUUUCUCUGUGUUUCUUCUUUCUUUUUCCGAAUCUUUCUAAUGCUGCUGUCCAAAUCCCUGGAGGAAAAGAGUCGGUUCUGAAAUUGACCACGGGUACCUCGUCUGUUCCGUUGGAUCCAACACGGGUCACCCAAAUCUCAUGGCGUCCAAGGGCUUUUAUAUACAGGGGAUUUUUGACCGAUAAGGAGUGUGAUCAUCUUAUCACUCUGGCUAAGGAUAAGCUCGAGAAGUCUAUGGUAGCAGACAAUGAUUCUGGAAAGAGUAUAGAAAGUGAAGUUCGCACAAGUUCUGGCAUGUUUCUUAAGAAGGCUCAGGAUGAUGUAGUUGAGAGUAUUGAAGCAAGGAUUGCUGCCUGGACUUUCCUCCCUCCUGAGAAUGGGGAAUCUAUUCAAAUACUGCAUUAUGAGCAUGGACAGAAGUAUGAACCGCACUUUGAUUAUUUUCAUGACAAGGCCAAUCAAGAACUCGGUGGUCAUCGGGUGGCUACUGUACUUAUGUAUUUGUCGAAUAUUGAGAAGGGCGGAGAAACUGUCUUCCCCAAUUCAGAGUCAACAAAAACUCAGCCCAAAGGCAGUGACUGGUCCAAUUGUGCUAAAGAUGGCUAUGCAGUAAAACCCCGGAAGGGUGAUGCAUUAUUGUUCUUUAGUCUUCACCCUGAUGCAACCACUGAUCCUUCGAGUUUGCAUGGGAGCUGUCCUGUCAUUGAAGGCGAGAAGUGGUCCGCGACAAAGUGGAUUCACGUGAGAUCUUUUGAUACACCUAAGAAUUCUGCAAAUGGAGAUUGUGUCGACUCAAAUCCAAACUGUCCUGCGUGGGCUCUUCAGGGCGAAUGCAAGAAAAAUUCCUUAUAUAUGGUGGGUUCAGAAGACGCUGUUGGUUAUUGUAGGAAGAGCUGCAAGGUGUGCUCGUCGUAGUAACUUUUUUUCUCGGGAAUUGACAUCGUCGUAAGAGAGAACUUGUCUAUUAUUGGUGUAUAUAAUAGUGAACUGUGUUUGUACCCUCCCAGAAGUUUAGCAGAGAAUAAGAAUGAAAAGGGAGUCAUUACACUUGGCAUGGGGAAUGGAUGAAAAAACUAUGCCCUUCAAAACUGUAAUCUCAACUGUCAUUUUGAUCAAUCUUAUUAAUCAAUUGUUUGGGAUUUGCCAUAA